AUGGCGGUGACCGCGCGGCUCGGCGCCGUCGUGGCGUGCGUCGUCUUGGCGGCCGUGGCGGUGGCGCCGCGGCCGGCGGCGGGGAUCCUUGACCCGGUCGACUUCCUGGCGCUGCAGGCCGUGCGGCGGUCGUUGGACGACAUGCCCGGCUCCGAGUUCUUCGACGGCUGGGACUUCACCGCCGAUCCGUGCGGGUUCCCCGGCGUGUUCUGCGACGGGGACAGGGUGGCGGCUGGACCCAGUGCUGGGCCGGCUGUCCGCGCUCACCGAGCUCUCGCUCGUGCCCGGGCACGUCGAGGGGGAGCUCCCGGCGUCGCUUGCGUCGUGCUCAAAUCUCCGCUUCCUGGAGGUCAGCAAGAACCUCCCCUAGGCUCGGAGUCCUGCUGCGCGGCAGGCUUGGAGGCGCAAACGGCUGUCCGAGCCUGA